CUUUUUUGCUGGAUGUUCAUCUACAUUUUCCACAAUCUUACUUCUUUUUGUCAAAUUGUCCUACUUGAAUUGUCCUAUCAUAGAAGACAAAAAUAAUCAUGCUGCAAUUAGUGGAAUGUGUUGGAGUCCUUGCUACUCAGUUUAUUAAUUGGUUGUUUAUCUGCUUUACUGCCACCUAUUGCAUACAGAGACUCCACAUGGAUGUUUUCAUGCUGUACCACUAACCACUAGGCGAGGGAGGUAUUAUGUUUUUUGGUUUUGUCAUGCGUCCAUCUGAGAUUCUCGUUAGAUCCAUAUCUCAAGAAUGAGUGGUUGAAUGUUUAUAGCCACUGUCAUAAAUGAUAACUGAAUUUAAUUACAUAUACAUUAUAGUAAUUAUUUUUGGAAGUAACCUGUUUAGUUGAGGACAUUUAUAGUAUAUGCGUACUUAAACACUACAACAAAAAAAAAAACAAGUUUGCCAAUGAUUAUUGUUUUGUUAUUAUACAAAUAAUAUUAUCAGGGAAAUUUUGUGUGUGGCAAUGUAUUCUGAAAUGUCUCAUUUAUUAUAAGAUAUUCCAAACUCCUUCAAACAUGUACAGACACACACUUCAGUGCUGAAGUGGAGUAAAUACAAUUCACUCAACAGCAGUGACAUCAAAGCUCUCACUCUGUUUCAUACUCUACAAGCACUGGCGCCACUUAGUGAAUCACCAACAAUACACAAACACUAAGUUUAUUUAUCUUCUCUAAGCUCUUACUAUCAAUAUAAUAUUACAUUAUCAUACUACUAAUAAUAUUAUUAAUAAUAAUAAUAAUAAUAAUAAUAAAGAUUUUUGCACAAAUUCCAGAUACACAAAGUGACUAAAUGGGAUUGCACAUAUCAAAAUCACCUUUAGCUGGAACACGUAACGUUUUUCUUAACCCCCCCUGACCAUUUCCCCCCCUCACGUCACUCCAGGCCCACCCUUCUCCAUUUAUGGUAUCCUCCCCAAACACCCUCCUGUUUGUGAGGUAAAGGUCCACUAUGCUUAAAAUGUUGAAAAAGAUUAUUCAAACUGUUGAAAUAGGUUCAUUACAGACUCUUUGAUAUUCAUACAUGGCACAUCAUAAGGUCUUCAGUCGUCGUGACAACUGGCCUUAAUAGAGUCGGGGAUGGAGUCUGCCCCUCCUCUUUAGUACAUAAACCAUCUUUGCUUUGAUGUUACCUUCCACUCUACCUUCCACCUAUCUCUACCUCUCUGCACCACUGGGGUAAGUGUCACAUUAUUACCUCUUCAAUUGGCACAUACACUGUUUUAAGAACGUUUUUUUAGGAAAAAUACUAUUAUGAUGAAUGAAAAUAUCUGCCUUCUUUACUCAAUCUUUUCUAAAACAAAAUAAUCAGACUGUUUUGCGCUUAAAUGACCAAUUUGCAUAGCAAUUUGAUUAUGGAAUCCUUUCAUUAUUUUUUCUACAUUGUAAAGAGAUGACAUGUUUUCAUUUAAUGAACUGCACUAAAUGAGAAUUGCACCGACUGCUUUUAAAUUUUUGCUUAAAAUGUACAGUGCAUUUAAACUGAUGUAUGAGUCCAUGGUACUGAUUGUGGCCUAAAUAAUGGAUGUGGGUGCAGUGAGACAGUAAGUUGUUAUAUGAUAUGUGAACAGACUGCCAGCAUGUCUACAGGCUGCGUGAGGUCACUCUCAGAGACAGCAGAGCACAGUCUCAACAAGCAGGAGCAUCCCUAUGAGGACACAGAGAUGGACAGUCAGAAGCUCAGAAGCUCAGAGGACAGUCAGCAAGAAGAACUGGGACAAAAGAAACCACGCAGGAAAGACACGCCUGUGCUCAACUCCCCUCCUCUCAUACCAGGGGUAAGGUUAAUGAAAGGGGAAACACGUCUGAUUCACUUGGAAGAUGAAGAAAAGGAGACAAAGAAAUAGCUGUAUUUUUAG